CCUCCCCACCAUUGCCGGAAGUGACAAUAUCCAGCUGCGUUCGAUUUGGAAAAAGUGGGAAAUAGCAAAGAUUCCUUGCCUAGAGCUGGGGCCAAUUCCAAACCACCUAAAUGGUUUACAUUUGAUUUAAUGUAAUAGAUAAACUACCCAGUCUGAGGCACUGAAGAACUAGACUAAUUUAAUUUGGUUGUGUUGAGACUGUGCCUUGCGGGUAACAUAGAUAGAUGUCUGGAUGUUAACUACCUCAAUACAGAUUCGAUUGAAUUGACAUGCAAUAUUAGUCUACAAUUCUCCGAAUAAACAUUAUUUUGUUUUAAAAUUCGGAAAUUAAAUCUCACACGCAAUUUCUAUUGUAUAUCUAUUGUAUGUAAUGAAAUUGCACCCCCUCGUGAAUAGCCAGCCCAAAUAGCUUAUAAUAACAUCAUCAUGAAGUCUAAUGCGGUAUGUUAGCUUUAGGCAAUACAAUCCAUGUCAGGCGAUAGAGUUAAUUUAAGGUAGGACCAGAUAGUCGGCUACUUUUUAUUCAAUGAUUUAAGACUUUCAUUUCCUGAGCUCUGAAGCGAGUACCCUUCUUGGCGUCAGGCGAGUAGCCUGAACUGAUCUAGCGAUGCGCACAGAGAGCCAAACCUGAAACCGCCCAUUGAGAGGGAGAAGGGAUUCUUGAGCUCCGUGCAUUCAGGUGAAUAAAGGUGGACUCUGGAAAGCACAAUUUAAAGAGGAUUCUGAUGAUGUGCCAGUGUUUAUGACAAUAGACUUGAUGCCAUAACAGCUAUCAUUGAAAUUCUCCCGUGGCCGAUCGGAUUGACAGAAUAGGUUAGGAUGCCCCUUGGAGAUCUAGAGGAUGGGAAUGGAUGGAAAAAGAAGACGUCGGACAUCAAAGAAAACUAUGACUUCAAAGAAGUUCUGGGAACGGGGGCGUUCUCGGAGGUGGUGCUAGCGGAGGAAAAGGGGACCCAGAGGCUCGUAGCCAUCAAGUGUAUCCCAAAGAAGGCUCUGGAGGGCAAGGAAAACAACAUUGAGAAUGAGAUCGCUGUGCUGCACAGAAUCAAGCACACCAACAUUGUUUCACUGGAGGACAUCUUUGAGAGCACGUCCCACCUGUAUCUGGUCAUGCAGCUGGUGUCUGGAGGGGAGCUGUUUGACCGCAUCGUAGAGAAGGGUUUCUACACAGAGAGAGACGCCAGCCAACUCAUCCACCAGAUCCUGGACGCUGUCAAAUACCUCCAUGACAUGGGCAUCGUACACAGGGACCUGAAGCCAGAGAAUCUGUUGUAUUACAGUAUGGACGAGGACUCUAAGAUAAUGAUCAGUGACUUUGGCCUGUCUAAGAUCGAGGACACAGGCAGUGUCAUGUCUACAGCCUGUGGGACCCCAGGAUACGUGGCUCCUGAGGUGUUGGCUCAGAAACCGUACAGCAAAGCAGUAGACUGCUGGUCCAUCGGAGUCAUCUCCUAUAUUCUGUUAUGCGGAUACCCUCCGUUUUACGACGAGAACGAUGCUAAGCUUUUUGAGCAGAUACUGAAGGCAGAGUAUGAGUUUGACUCUCCGUACUGGGAUGACAUCUCCGAUUCAGCUAAGGACUUUAUCUGUCACCUGAUGGAAAAAGACUUUAUGAAGAGAUAUACCACUGAUAAAGCACUUCAACACCCCUGGAUCUGUGGAGACACAGCUCUUGAUAAGAACAUCCAUGAAUCUGUCAGUGCUCAGAUAAAGAAGAACUUUGCUAAAAGUAAAUGGAAGCAAGCAUUCAACGCCACAGCAGUGGUGAGACACAUGCGGAGGCUGCAACUGGGUACCAGUCUAGAGAGCCCCAGCCAGAUCACCCCCACAAGCCCCUGUCAUGCCCACACACUCCUGCUGCGGGAGGAGGACAAGGAGGAGGAGGGACCGGGGAUAGAGGAGGAGGAGAGCUGUAAGUGAGACAAACACUGAGCUUGUCCCCCACUCAGCCAGCCAGCCACUUAUCUCUCUCGCCCUCUCUCUCUCUCGCUCUCUCUCUCUCGCUCUCUCUCACUCAGACUCUUACUCUCUCUCUCUCUGAGCACAUAGCCUACAGUACUGUUGAGCCUCUGAGCACGUACAGUGGUGUGUACAGUACUCUAGUGAUACUCUAGUAGUACAGCACUCUAGUACAGCACUGUGGAGUACCGUCCCUGUCAUCUCCUCUCCCCUCCUCUCCAGUGUCAUACUGUGAGGAUGAGCAGCAGCGCGGUAGUGCAGAGGGCAGUUCCGACCGGGACAGUCUGACGAGUUGCACCUACUGCUGCAGGCCAGCCAGUCACGUCUGAGUGGCCACAGACCCCCCCCUUUGUCGACAUGGGAUACGUAUGUUUCCAUGGAGCCACCGAGAGCCCGCCCUGUCUGCCUAGUCUAGCCAUGAAUGCAGAGUGAUGUUAUGACAGGCUGUGUCCAGUAGAGUAGGGUGGUGAUGAGACAACCAGCAGCCAUGUCCAGAGCCACCUUCUAGCUCCAGAUGCUUGCCCAGAAUAAACCAUCUACAGUUACUUUUAGAGGGGAGUUUUGGAUGCAGGUAUUACUUUGUUAAAUUCAAUGUCCACAAACACUGAUGUUUGUGUAGAGUAUGCGGUAACACUUUACUUGACACCCAGCAUCAUAACCAUGUCAUAAUAUGGUCAUAACACUGUCAUAACACAUAUAUUUAAACCUGUUGUGACAUACAUGGCAUUAUUUUAUGGCUCUACAUAAGUGUCAAAACACACAUUUAUUCAAAUGUGUUUUUCACUGUCAUGAAGUUUCCUUUUGUUUUAAAGUCCUUUGUUGUUGUUGUAAUAAAUUCUUUAAUUUUUUUUCAUCAUAUUUUAAAUAACUUGCAGACACUGUCAUGAAGCAUUACGACUAUCCUGUGUCACUUUACUUGGACUAAGAAAAUUCACUUUAUGACACUGUCAAGAAGCAUUAUGACCAUCAUAAUCAUAUAAGCCAGAUAGGCUUAUCACGUACAUGCCCUUAUGUCAGUCACAAAGAGCGUGCCUUGUCCUGCUCCUGAAAUCUGCUCCUGCACUCAUCCCAGUCAUCAGCAACCUAGCAUUGACGUAGGUACAUGUCUGACAUCAAUUUGUGCUCAAUUACUGUAGAAUGCUAAUUUAGUAUGGUCAAUUUCAUAAAUUGGAAUAUAACAAACAUUAUUGAGAAGUAGGUUAUGGUGUAAUGGAAUGUUUUGCCUUGUGUGGUAGGUUUUGUGGGUUUUGAUAUUCUCAUGUAGGUGUCAUAACCAGCCA